GUGCGGGAGGAGUUUGUCUUCCAGCUGUGCUCCUCCGCGUCUGGAGAACAGGUUCUUGGCUCAGACCUCCGUGGUGAUGCCCCAGCCCUCUUCUCCGCUCACAGGCUUUGCAGCCCGACCCUCGUCCUGCUCCUCUCUCCGGCCCUCCAGACUGUCUUCCACCUCAUCCUCCCUUCUCUCCACCUCUCCCGUCUCGCCUUCCCUCACCUCUCCCCUCCUCAGCACCCAGAACAAGCUCCUAACUAGCCGCUCACCUCGCCUCUCCUUUUCCUUGACCUCCUCUGUCCCCGACAACUCUCUGCUCUCCACAUCCCUGGCCAGCGGUGCUCUGCUCAAUCGCUUCGCUCGUCCUCCGUCGUUCCUGCAUCGCGGCGCGGGUGGAGAGCGGGAGGCGGAUGUUGGGGGAGACGAAGGCAGAGAGGAAGCGUCUGAGGCGAUGCAGUCCUGUUUUGAAGAAACAACUGUGCGGCGUUCCGAGGAAGAUGACGUUUUGCCAGAAGAGGAGGUGGAGGAGGUGGAGGAGUUGGAGGGGGUGGAGGAGGUUUAUGCUGGCUCGACCGUGGACUUACCUGUCCUGGAAACGGAGUUGGUCAGCCGGGAACCCGAACAGACUGUGGCCACCAGACAUGAGGAAUUUGCUGAGUUUGAUGGAGGAAAUGAAAAUACUGAGGAGGCGCUGAAGGAUAAAAAGUAUCUCCUGCUGAAUGCAGUGUGUUGCUCCCUGGUCAAUGAGAUCACAGCCCCGGGCCAGAGGGAGUGGGACUCGGAGAAGGGUGUUUGGACCAGGAUCAUAAACCUGGCAAAGGACAUUUCUGUCCACGACCCACAGUUUCUCCUCAAGUUGGCAGUUUACACCCGACAGGAGUUGAACAUCCGCAUCACAGCAAACUUCUUAUUGGCUCUGGCCGCCAAUCAGCCCUCCACCAAGCCGCACGUCCGCAGAUACUUCUGUGCUGCUGUGCAGCUGCCCUCCGAUUGGCUGGAGGUAGUCAGGAUCUAUAGCACAUGCUUCAGCCGCUCCCUGCCCACGUGCCUGAAGAAGGCAAUGGCUGACAAGUUCAAGCAGUUCAGCGAGUAUCAACUGGCCAAAUACAACACACGCAGACACCGCCGUAAACACAGCCGCAACAGGCGCAAAGCCGAGAAACCAAACGGUGAGCAGCUGAAAAAGUGGGCGAAGAUGCUCAGAUCAGAUGAAUCUAUUCUGACGAAGUUUCUGCAGCCGGAGGGCAGCAAAGGGGUGGUGGACAAAAAGCAGAGCGAGUUCAGUGUGAAGAAGAUGAUCAAGAGGCUGCACAUUAAAGAACCGGCCGAACACGUUAUGGCCAUUCUGGGGAGGAAGUAUCCCGCUGACCUGAAGGCGUUCACCCGCAGUGGAAUGAAGGGCGCGUGGGACAGGGAGAGAGCCGGGCAGCGAAUGAAGCUCAAAGAGCCAGAGACGUGGGAGCGGCUGCUCAGUCUGGAGGGCAACAAGGCCGCCACCUGGGAGAAACUCAUAGACAACAAGUCUCUUCCGUUCAUGGCCAUGCUGAGGAACCUGAGGAACAUGAUCACUCAGGGCAUCAGUGAGGCUCAUCACAAGAAGAUCCUCAGCAGACUGACCAACAAGAAAGCAGUCGUUCAGAGCCGACAGUUUCCAUUCAGAUUCCUCGCUGCUUACAAAGUCGUCAUGGAGCUUCAAACUUUGGCGUCCGCGUCAGCGCUUCCCCCCGUCAGAGAAAUUCUGAAGGGCAUCCUGAAGGGGAUUCCCAGGAGCAAGCGCUUCAGGCGUUUGGACUGGGAGACGAGCCGAAGGAGCAGGCUGAGGGUGGCGCUUGGAGUGCCGUUCGUCUAUCGAAUAUACAAGAAGAAGAAGGCCCAGCUCCUGAAGGCCAAUCAGGGGAAGUACACUGUUGCUCUGCUGGCCAGUUACCGCAAAGCUCUGGAGACAGCGGUUCAGAUCUCCUGCCGCUACAAUGUGCCCCCGCUCCCCGGGCGGACCGUUGUACUCCUCUACUGUAACAUGGGUAAUCAUCAGACCUGGAGGAAGAAACCGGACUUCUGCCUCCCACCGGAUCCCGAGCAAAAAAACGAGGAGGAUGAGGAGGAUGAGGAUGAGGAGGAAAAAGAAGCGUCCAAGGGGAUAAGGAGGAAGAAAAAGGAGGAGGAUGACAACAAGCUCACUCCUUCUGUGACGGAGGUGGCGGUUCUGCUUUCUCUGAUGAUCAGCAGCAGCGCUGAGGACAGCCAGCUCCACUUAACUGGUUGGAGUCACGGUGAAGAAGUCAAGCUGAAGUCCGACGUCCUUUUGGAAAAUGUCAGAAGUGUCAUGACGCAAAUGAAGGCAUGUGCCAAGAGGCCAGACGAUGAUCAGGACAGUGGUUACCUCGCCAAAAUAUUCACCAAGCAAAACAAGCUGGACAACAUCAUCGUGCUGACUGACAACUGGAUCGACUCUGAAAUCGGGUACGCCAUCAACAACUACAGGAAGGAUGUAAACGGCAAAGCCCUCGUGGUGCACGUCCUCUUGUCAGAGCGGGAGUCAGAAUACAUCCCGGACAGGAACCACGUGAAGCUGACAGGCUUCAGCGAGCAAACGCUGAGGUUUGUGGCAGAACGAGGAUCUUCCAGGCUGCUGGACCAUGUGGAGCAUUUGGACAAACUGUACAACAUCCCACCACCAGGGGGCGCUAAAGGACCUCAGACCACAAACAAUGUCGUCCAAAUACCAGCCAGCCCCAAGUUAAGGUGGCGAGGCGUGCGCGUGUUCAUCUCCUCCACCUUCAGGGACAUGCACGCCGAGCGCGACGUGUUGGUGCGUAGCGUCUUCCCAGAGCUCCGGCGGCGCGCGGCGCCGCACUGCCUCUACCUGCAGGAGGUGGAGCUGCGUUGGGGUGUGACAGAAGAGGAGUCGCGCCGAGCCACCGAGCUGUGCCUGUCAGAGGUGUGUCGGAGCCAGAUGAUGGUGGGAAUCCUGGGGGAGAGGUAUGGCCUGGUGCCGCCCAAACCGGUCCUCCCUGACCUGCCGCAGUACAGCUGGCUGGCGUCGGCCCCGGCAGGUCUGUCCGUCACAGAGAUGGAGAUCCGUCAGUUUCAGGCUCUCUUUCCCGAUACAGCACAUCAGCGAAUGUUCUGCUACUUCAGAGAUCCCUAUAUCACCAGAUCGGUUCCGGCAGCUUGGCGAUCAGACUUUGUUCCUGAAUCAAAGGAGGCUGAGUCUAAGAUGGCCUCUUUGAAAAGUAGGAUCCGGGCCAGUGAUGUUAAGGUCACUGAAAACUACCCAUGUGAGUGGGGAGGUGUCGUGGAAGGGAAACCAUAUCUGAAAAACCUGGAGGACUUUGGCAGGGCUGUGCUGGAAGACCUGUGGACGGCAGUUGGGAAUCAGUUUGUGGAAGAGAAUGAGGAGGCCGAGGCUGCAUCGGAUGUGACUGAGCAGGAGGUGCACCAGGGGGCGCUGCAGAGGCAGUUCUCUGGCAGGGCGAAGCUGCUGUCUGGAGCCGUGGAGAUGGUGGAGCAGGUCCAGACCAAAGGAGGGGUGAUGGUGGUAGAGGGCGGGCCUGGAGAGGGCAAAACUGUCUUCAUGGCUGCUCUGGCAGACGCCCUCAGGACUGGGGUCAAGUCCAGGACAAACCUGGUCUGUAAUGUCACCUCCUACUCUACGGCUGCCAGCCAAUCGGCACGCUCUGUGGAGAACCUUCUUCGCUUCCUGGUUCAGUGGUUCAGGAAAAUUAAAGAUACUGAGAAGGAAUCCCCUCUUCCCCACUCUUACAAAGAUCUGCUGUCAGAAUUUCACUCCACGUUGAGUGACGUGAAGCAGAACGAACCUCUGGUGCUGCUGGUUGAUGGGGCGGAUGUUGUCCGAGAUGGCGGAGGUCAACUCCGCUCCGACUGGAUGCCAGAGCAGCUUCCACGGGGUGUGUGUUUGGUAGUAAGCCUCACAUCUAAAGCUGCCCUGUUACAAACCCUGGCCAAGAAAAGAAGCACUGUCCUGUUCACCCUGGGACAGCUUUCCGUGCCGGACCGGAAGGAGAUAGUUCAGAAGGGACUGGACACCUUCGGGAAGAAGCUCAGUGACUCUGCAUUCAACAGCCAGCUCCAGACGCUGGUAAUGAAGAAAGGAGCAGUGAGCCCUCUCUACCUGCACCUGGCCUGUGAAGACCUGAGGAACUUUGCCUCCUUUGAUAAGCUGAAGGAGAGCCUGCAGGACCUGCCUCAGUCUCUGAGCCAGCUGGUGCAGCACGGCCUGGACAGACUCUGCUCCCAGCACAGAGGCAUGCCGGGACUCCGCUGGACCCUCGCAGCGCUCGCCGUCAGCCCUGCGGGCUUGAGGGAGAGAGACUUGUACUCUCUGCUGAACACGUGCAAUGAGCUGUCCUCGCGGGACGGGCAGACGUCAUGGCAGGAAGUGCUGCAGCUCUCCAGGAAGCCCAAAGGACGCACCCCCAUGGCAGCUUUCACCCGUAUAGUGCAGAGCCUGCAAAGUCUGAUCGAUCCGUCUCAUUGCCACGGCGCUGACGACUUGCUGGCUCUAACAAACCCGGAGGUGAGGCGGGCCUUUGAGGACUUUUUCCUCCCGGCAGAAAGCGACAGGACCAGAGCUCACCUCGUCCUGGCAGCUCAUCUGUGGGCACUAGCCGACCCCCAGGGAACAGACGCCUUCCUCCAUUGUGAGGCCAACUCUGUUAUGCACCUGCCCUCCAACCUGAUUCAGAGUGGCCAGCUGGAGGCGCUCCAUUCCCUGCUCUCCAGCUACUAUUUCCUGUAUGCUAAUGUGCGCCACGGCCUCCUGCACCACCUCCUGGAGAGCUACAGCUUGUACGAUAAGAAGAAUAAGUCUGCACCCUCAUCUGGCUUUCAGGACCGUCUAGAGGACUGCCGGAGUUUCCUGCGCCGUCACGCCCCCCUGCUCUCCUCCUGGCCGCCUCUUUUCGUUCAGCAGGCCCUCAACGAGCCUCCAGAGACCUCUGCUCACACCUGGGCUCAACGCCUGGUGGGAAAGGGAGGGGUCAGGGUAGUUGAGUGGCUGAACAACAAAGAUCAGACUGUCCAGGAGACCAGUGAGCUGGUGUCGACCUUCUCCUCUGAACCCACCUGUUUGGUUUUGAGUUCGGACGGACAGCUGAUGGUGGCUGGUACUGGACAGGGAAUGCUGCAUUUCAUCGACGCGCAGACGGGACAGAAAGUGAAGUCACUGGUGAGCAGCUGCGACGGCAUCUCGAGCUGCGUCUUUCUGAAGGACGGACGUCUCGCUACAACCUCCUUUGACGGACGAAUAGAGACCUGGGACAUCGGGAACGGCUGCAGGACUGCUAUUAUUGAUGGCCACACUAAUGUGAUAACAGCAAGUGAUGUCACUGCAGACCAUAAGCACUUUGCAACUGUGUCGCUGGACUUCAUGCUGAAAGUGUGGUCAUCUACCACGGGUCACGAGGUAGCAGCCCUGCUCAGCGCCAGCCCUUUGAACUGCGUGACCUUUGACCCCGAGGGUCACCUGCUGGCUGCUGGCUGCUGGAAUGGGAAAGUGAUCGUGUGGAACUGGCUCCAGAAUAAAACUCAAACUUCCCUGUCCGGUCACCAGCGCUCAGUGCGUAGUCUCGCCUUCUCCUCCUCCUCCUCCUCCACGCUCUGCUCGGGCUCCAUAUCCGGAGAGGUCAGGGUGUGGUCGGUGCCCGCCUCCACCUGUGUGGGAUGUUUCCAGGCUCACUGCGGGGCCACAGAGGUCCUCGCCUUCCUGGGGGAAGGAGCCAUGCUGCUCAGCGCCGGCUCGGACCGCAUGCUCCAGCUCUGGUCAGGUGGACUUGGACGUUCGGUCGCUGCAUUAAAAAGCGAUGAAUGCGAUCAGGAGCCUCCCCAGAAGAAACCGAGGUCUGUGAACCCAGUUCAUGCCGCGCUGUGUGUGGCUGUAAAUGGAUACUAUGCUGUUGUUGGAUACCACGGUGAAGGCAUCAAACUGUUCAAUCUCGACCUAGAUGAGAUGAUCUGGGCCUCCAGGGACCGUGACGUGUCCAUACUGUGCCUGUUGUGGACCGUUUUGGACGCAGAGCAGGCCGAACCUGAGCUGCUGGUGUCCGGAGGAAGUGACAAACGUCUGAGGGUCUGGAAGAGAGACGACACAGAGGAUGGAGCCAUGGGGGGCCUGAAAAUGUUGGGAAUGUUCGGUGCGCAACGAGGCGCCAUCCUGGCACUGGCGCAAAACUCCACCUAUCUGGCUACAGCUUCGGACGACUUCACCGUUGUUCUGUGGUUGUUGAGCGAUCUGGCCCUCGACUGCUCAGUUGAGCCUCAUGCGGUGCUGAGGGGCCACAGCGGAGGAGUCACCUGUCUGGCCUUCAGCCCCGAUGGUGGACGACUACUUUCGGGUGGAAAAGAUCAGGCCCUGGUGGUGUGGGAUAUGAGUUCGUCUCCUGCUGCUGUUUCUAAGUCGCUCCCUCACUCUCACAGAGACUGGGUCACCGGCUGUGUCUGGACUCCAGACUGUGUGAUUAGCGCCUCAAACGAUGGGAGGCUUUGUUUAUGGGAUCUGCAGGCAGGCCGCUGUCUCAGGGAAAUCUCCUGGAGCAGUCCUCUUAACUCUGUCUGCUGUCUGGGACAGUAUGCGAUGGCUGGCUGUGCAGAGGGGGCGCUACACGUGUGGAACUGGGAAAGCAACAUAGAAAUCUGCCACAUUACCGCCCACAAGCAGCGUAUACACCACUGCUGUCUUCUCACAAAUACAGACAAGAACAUAGAAGUCAACAAAGAAGAAAUGACUGUUUUCACUGCAUCUGAUGACGGCACAGUGCACCUCUGGAAACCACUACAGAUGGAGCACUUCAACACCUUCCAGGGUCACAGCGGUGCAAUUCGCGGAGUUGUUUGCAAGCGAGGAGUCUCAGAAUUCCUCACAGUUUCUGAAGACUGCUCGCUGCGAUGCUGGACGUGGAAUAAAAAGUCUCCUCUCCACCUCUCAGACUCCAUCACAGCUCUGUGCUUCUCUCAGAAAGGUGAUGUGUGUCUUGCCGGUUUUUCAUCCGGUUUGCUGGAGUUGUGGCAGCGCGACACGGUGGUUGGCCGCAAGCAGGCUUCAAACAGCAGCAUCACAGCGAUCUGCUCCAUGCCUCACGGCCAGUUUGCUGUCAGCUACAUUAAAUGUUUUGUUGAUGUGUGGAAGCUGGUGUGGAAUCAACAGCACCGCACCGCCAGCCUGGUGAAGGUAACCACGUACACAGUGACAAAGCCAGCGGUCUACCUCCACUACUGCUCUGCCCUGAUCGGUGUGACUGACAGCGGGACAAUAUUUGACGCCGCAAAUGAUAAGUCAGACAAGUGGACCGACAUAGUCAGAAACUGGGACCAAGAAGUCCAAGUUUUGGAUUUGAUCCGUAACGACGAGAAAAGCAUGUGGCUGGUGGGCGAAGGAGAGGGAAAAGUUCACGUUGGCUUCAUUUUUGUCAUGGGCCCAGAAACUAGUCUCUCUUCAGCUUUCAGCUCGACAAGCCUGAAGUGCGACGAGGAGGACGAGGAGCGGCGCGGAGUCCCAGUAACAGCUGUAACUAUGGACAGAGAGUUUGUUGUGUGUGGAGACCUGAAGGGCAACAUGUGGUUCAACCAACCUCCAGAGCUUUCAUCAUGGAGCAGCAGAAAACCUGCACACAGUGACAGGAUCACUGUGCUGAGACUCACCAACAGCACCAUCAUCUCAGCCUCCUACGACAGGACGGUGAAGCUGUGGGACAGAAUCACCAAGAAACAGGUGGGUAUGUUUGUGUGUGGAAGUCCUGUCCUGAUUUUGGAGGUGAAUCCAGAAAAACCCACCGAACUGGUUUGUGGUGACGAACAGGGAAAGCUCUACUUUCUCUCCAGGAAGGAAUAAUCAUCUAGAUUUUGCAUACAAAAUUGGGGCUUUAGGAAAAACACUGUAUCGCUAAACUAACCAAAUGUUAUAGGAAUGUUUUGCUUCUUUUUUGCUUCAGUGAUGGUAAAUGUGCAAUAAAAUGUAUUAAAAAAUACAAAAAUAUAACAAAUAUAUAUAUAUUUAAUAUAUAUAUUUAAUAAUAUAAAAAAUAAGAUUAAAUAUUUAAAUCACAUACGGGGUAAGCAGCUAUGGAAUAGUUCUAAUGCUCCAAUUAUGUCACGUUUACAUGUACCUUUUAAUUUAGAUUAAGAGAAACUUGCAAACAUAACAAUUAAGUAUGAAAAUGAUAAGCUUUAAAAAUAUUAUGUUAUGGUUUUUUGUGUGAGCUUAAUUUAUUAGAGGUUUUUAAUUUGAAAAUUGUAAUGGAAUGAAAAUGGGAAUGUGGGAAUGUGAAAUUAUUUGCAGUUGACAUUUUGUUGUUUGGUUUCAUAUUUUUAACUGAUUAAAUGAGAAAACAUGGGUUUACCUAAGAAAUAUUGUGUAAAACACUUUCUUCAUGUUUUUACAAAUUAGUUAACAAAUGAUAGAUUUCUGACCACGCUGGGAAAGGAUUUGCAUAUAAUUAGUAACAUUUAUUUUAUAUUCCCGAGAUAAGCAGAGGGGUGGGGGCCGUCGUGUUAUUGGCAGAUUUUGUAUGAAUGAUAGUAUUUAAAGUAGAUUAAACCAACAGCUCAGAAAUGGGAAUAAUUGCUAUUUGACACAUGGAAAUUUGCGCAAGAGCCUCUCAAGCAGUGAGAGAUGAAUGGCAGGCAUGUAAACACAAACUUCCCAUCCAGUGCUUUUACAACUCUUUUUAUCUGUUGAUAAGGAGCCACAGUAAAACAUGUUAAGUAAAUAAAACUAUACUUAGUGCUCCACAUUGAAUUUCGGUGAUUUCACCAUAAAGUUAAUAGAAAUGUGAACCUUAACGGAACCACAAAAAACCCGCGAUGCAUUCUUCAGUGUACUUCAAGUAGCACGUGUUUUUCCGUAGACCAUGUUAACAGAAUUCUCUUAAAUGCAUUAAAACCUGUUUUUUCAAAAUAUGCUAGUGUGUGACCGUUAAAGU